AAUACUUCGAGGCAAGUGAACAGUAACACGRGCAACAUCAAUAUUCAUGACUUCUCCUAGCGUCACUAUUCUUCAGUCAUGACUCUAGAUUCAAGAAAAUAUUGCCUUAAUAAUAACCCAGUAGAGAAGAAAAAGGCCAGACAGCUUUUAUUGAAAGAGGARGACAUUCCAAGUCAAUUCCGAGACCCGUUCAUCACCGAUGGCUACCGAAAACCUGGCUGUUCUUUUUGGCAAUGUUGUCGUAGUUUAUUCGAAGUUCAUAACGAAACUGUGAAUGUCUGGAGUCACUUAACAGCUGUUAUUUUCUUUGGAAUUUAUGCAGUAUCAGUAUUUACUACAUAUAAUCCACUUAAAGAUAAUUUUGUUUAUCCCUUGUUUUCUUUCGCUGCCGGCAUUUCAGCCAUGUUAACAAUGAGUUCUGCAGCUCAUUUGUUCAACUCGAUGUCUUCAAGAGCUCGCCAUAUUUGUUUCUUCUUGGACUACGCAGCUAUAAGUACGUUUACUUUCACCGCCGGCCAGGUAUUCUUCUUCUACUCAAGACCAACAAAUACAGAAUUUUACCCCCUGCAAUCACCUACUUUCUUCCUAAGUGUAUCAGCAUUCAUAUCAGCAAGCUCCACUUAUYUGUGCUGCGCCUCACGCCAUCAAUGGAUCCAACACAARUUUCUGAUAAGAACAGGAACUUACACCUUAACGUGGGCUCAUAACACCUUGCCUUUCAUUUGGAGAGUUUUAAUCUGCGAUGGGAUCACUGAUUGCAACCCUGUAGCUUACAGAUACUUCACAAGGCAGUUCUUGUGUUUCUUUGUGGCUGCGUUGUCCAAUGCUAGCAAGAUACCAGAGAGAUUUACUCCAGGCUGGUUCAAUAUAUUUGGACAGAGUCAUCACUUUAUGCAUGUGUUGUGUGCUCUGGGAUCUUUUGAUGAUUUUCUUGCUGUACAGACRGAUAUGAUUGGAAGAAGACAUGUCUUAACUUCAGAUCCUUCACUKGCASUUCCCACCUUUGCCAACAGCAUCUUUCUCAUGAUUGCGAUUCUUGGUAUCAACAUURCAAUUGUUGUGUGGUUUGCAAUUAAGUGCCCUGAACAUGAUUCUAAGCAUGACUACUUGAAAAGUCCAUCUUUGAUUAAGACCACCAAGCCUACAUCAUUGCAAAGCUGUUCCACUUGGACCGGAAGUGUACUAAGACCCAUAGGCUAUCAGCUUUAUAUCAAUAACAAUGCUACUUUAGAACUUCCAACAUCUCCAACAUGUACACCAUUAGGCUUUCCUACACCAUUUUUGCCACACAUGGGCAAUAUUUUAGGAUAUCUACCAUCAGAUGAAAGUAUUGUAGGAUAUAUUCCCAGCAAGAACUCUGAUAUGAAGUGCAGCAGUCUUUUGAAAAAACGCAAGAAGAAAAUGAACAAGCAUAAAUACAAAAAGAGGAGAAAACGUGACAAGUUCAAGAGRCGUAACUUGGAGAACAUCAAAGAAAGAAAAAGGCGAAUGAGGGAGAAGGCUGACGAGAGGGCUAAAAUUUCAAAAGGGUUAAGAAUGGCAUUAGUCAAUGGUCUUCGAAGUACUCAAAUAACYGAAGAGAAAUCUCGCCUAAAAGGUACUAUUGCAAAAUCUACCAAGAAGGAAUUGUUGCGAGACGAGGAAGUCGAAGAGGGUUAUAGAACUGUUUUCAUUCGUAGYGGCUAUCGAAGACCAGGAUUGUCGUUACAACAAUGCUUGUACAGUYUAACGAAGCCGUCUAACGAAACCAUCAAUGUAUGGAGCCAUGCCAUUGCUUUUUGUUUGUUUUUAGUUCGCUUCUAUCGAAUGUUCUUCAUCCAAGAUCAAAAGCCACUUGGAAGUCCGUGGUGCUAUCCGCUGUUAUGCUUUGCCACGGGUAUCCUAGCUUUAAUGGCAAUGAGCGCUAUCGCUCAUUURAUCAACUGUAUUUCWAUCACYGCACAUCAUACUGGCUUUUACUUGGACUAUGCUGCUAUAUGUGUUUACAGUUUCAGCGCCUCUCUGACAUUUUACUUCUACUCAAGACCAGCGAACUCUUCRUUCUURUUCCUCAAAUCACCYGUGGUCUUCUUGACUGUUUCGGCUUUAAUAUGCUGCAUUUCUGUUACAGUAAGCUGUAGUUCAAGACAUCGCUGGAAGAAAACAGGACAUGUUGUGAGAACAACGUUGUUUACWCUGUAUUUCUUUAUCGUAACACUGCCAUUUACCUAUCGAUUAGUGAGUAACAAUGAGCAACACGCCGAAUCUCAUCAUUACUUCGGCAGAUUGAUCGCCCAUUAUGUCAUCAGCGCUCUUGUAAACGUCACCAAACUCCCCGAAAGAGCAUUUCCAGGUUUAUUCGACUUUUUUGGACAAAGUCAUCACUUUCUACACRUAUUUGCAGCAUUUGCGGCGUCAGACGCGUUCAACGCAGUGUACGUAGACAUGGUGGAACGACAAAAGACACUCGCCCAUGAAGCACAGCCCCAUUUCUAYAAUACCAUUGGWAUAUUUGCUUUAGUUGUAGUCAUCAAUUUGUUGAUUGUAUCCUGGUUUGUGAGGUCGUUGAUGCGACAGGAAAAACAGAAAAAACAAUAAUUAUUAUUUAAUUUGCUGAAAGGGGAUGUAAGCGGAAGGCAGGUGGCAAGGUGGUGUCAUUGAACUGAGAAGGGGGGUAAUAUAUAAUACUGUUAUUAUUGUGUUAUUAUUAUUAUUAUUAUUAUUAUUAUUGUUGUUGUUGUUGUUGAUUUUGUGAUCUUUUUGUUUGUGUGUGUAGAGUUGUGCAAGCUAUGUAUUUUAUUGUGAUAAAUAAUUAUUAGCUUGACUAGGCUAUAUAUCAAGUAAUAAAUUAUAUAUGUAAUAACAAAGAGGCAAGAUUUGCUGUAAUUCCGAGUUUUGUGCUUACGCACUCAUCAGAAAGUAUAUUUAAAUUUAUCAGACAGGAUUAAUUAAAUACUCAGUCUGAUGAGCUUGUAAGCACGAAACUCAGAGUUACAGCAAAUCUUGCCUCUUUGUUACUAGUAUUAUAUACUUAGCUCUACACCAUAUGUGUAUUGAGCACUUUUUAAUGGGAUCAGCUACUUCCUUAUAUGAUUAAGUAAUAAAUUAUAAAACCUUGCAAAAGGCACUCAUUUUUAUGUAAUAAAUAAAAUAUGAGCAGGAGACCUGAAACUGCAAGAUGUAGUCAGGACGAUAAAGGUCGGACGCAAAUAUUUUAUAUUUUGCUUAUCAAAUUCAAACAUAAGCUAAAUCAUUAUUUUCUGAAAACUUCAGAUAAAAUAUCAUMUUUACUGCAAGAGAAACAUAAUUUAAAGUUGURUGCAAAUSAGGACAYUCAAGUCUCUUGCUCAUAUAGAUGUGGUGAUGGCAAGGAUUUUCUAUUGUGUUUACCUUAAUAUGAAUUCUUAAUGAAUUUGUUAUGACUAAAAAGAAUGUAUUUGAGCCAAACUAAAAAUUGAGGAAUAAAUUAUGUUUAAGUACUACCACAGGAAGCCCAUUCAUUGAUCAUGAGCUGCAAGUAUUGAGCAAUUAAAUAUUUGUGCUUARUUGAUGGUGAAUAUUAAUCCCUUAUGUUAUAGCCAUCAUUGUAUGGGCUUCCUGUGGUACUUCUCCAUUGGCCACUUAUUGUUAAAGAGUAAAUAUUGAGGUUGGGACUGCUAAAUAGGGGUAAAUAACAAAUUGAAAAUUACCAUUUAGUAUCUGAUUAUCAUAUUUGAAUCAUUGCACAUUGAUUAAGUUAUUUACUAUUUCAGGCAACGUCACAUCUGUAAAAUUAAAAAAAAAACAUUUAGCUGACUGUUAAACUAUAAUUUAAUAGAGGAAUAUUUGUGAAACUAUUUUCAGUUUCAUGUGCAAUGUAGUGCAACAAAAUAUCUAGAUAUAUAUUUGAAUCAAAAUUUGAAAUAAUAAUAAAUUAGGGUUUUGAUGUA